CUGGUACUAUUAUGUGAUCUGACAUAAUCUUGGAAUCAAUGGCGAAGAGGACGCCAGUUACGUCCAGGUGAAAUGAUCCAUUUUCGUCGUUACAUUCAGUGGUCUAGAUUGCUAAAACAGGCACGCAGUGUGUUGGAUACGCAUUUUGGACUUGAUACGUCCGCAGGCAUCUCGUCCAAACCGCGUCGCUGCUGUACGCGGAGGGAAAACCUGCUGAGCUCGGAAGCAAUAUCCCAAGAAUAUUGAAUUACUGCAUAAGAUAUCGGAUGUCCUGAGCAAUUAUGAAAUACGCGGCAGCUGAAUAUUUUCCCCAGAAGUCCAGCGGAUGCUUUCUCUGCUUGUUUCCCUGAAAUAAGUCGGUGGUCAGCUAAUGUUACUUAAAGAUCAUGCUGAACGGCACAGAACAUCAAUAUGGUCCGUUUCUUUCGGAAUCCAUGAUGUACAAUGGACAACAGUCACUCAAAUCAGACAAUCCCUACAGCCAUAAAAUCUACUGGAAUCUUAACAAAAUUAUCAUCAUGAUCAUCACCAUGAUAACGCUAACACUGGGUGUGGCUGGAAACAUAAUGAUCCUUCUCACCGUCGUUAUUCGUCGAGUGAUGCACAACCCAAUCAGCUACUACAUGGUGAACCUGGCGGUGGUGCACACAGUUCUCGCGCUGGUCGUCUGCCCGUUCCUUACCUUUCAAAUCCUGCGCGACGUACACUACCGGCGCGAGGAGUGCACCGCCUUCUACGUGCUGCUCUACUGGCUCGCACUCCUUCUCGUCCUAUUUUUGUUGACCAUCGGCGUGGACCGCCUGUGGAAGGAGCGGUGGAACUGGCACUACCUAACGCACCACUCGGGCGGCCUGGCGCUGGGCGUGGUGCUGCUCUGCUGGCUGACGGCCGGCGCGCUGGCCACGGGUCUGGAGCUGACCGGCAGCGCUCGCCACCCGCUCCGGGAGAAGCUGUGCUACCCCAGCGGCCCAGCCGCGCGCGUCGCACCCCCGUCCCGCUCGGCCGCACCGCCGCACCGGUAA